CUCCCUACCAUUCAUGGCGGCGCCACUCUGUUUCCCUCACAUUCUUCCCUCCCUUCGUUUUAAAUUCAAUCAUCUGUGCACCGAAGCUCUUAAAAAUGGCGGCCAUCAAUUUUCCCAUAUUGUUUACCUUCAUCGCCGCCCUUUUAGCCGCCAUUUUCACCUCUGCAAAUGGGUCGGAAAGAAAAGCUCAUAUUGUUUACAUGGGCGCAAUCCAAAACAGAGCAAUGGCGGAAUCGACCCACCAUUUGAAUCUUCUUCGCUCGGUAAUUGGAACCUCUUCCGUAACAGAAGGUUCUUACAUUCGUAGCUAUGGAAGAAGCUUUAAUGGAUUUGUUGCGGAACUCACCGGAGGUGAAGCAGAGCAACUAGCCGCCAUGGAUGGCGUGGUCUCUGUUUUCGAAAGCAAGGAACUCAAAACCAAAACGACAAGAUCAUGGGACUUUCUGGGGUUCCAACAACCCAAACGAAAUCUCUCCGGUGAACUUGACGUCAUAAUUGGGUCAAUCGACUCAGGAAUUUGGCCGGAAUCGGAAAGCUUCAACGACGACGGGAUAGGCCCGCCACCGCAAAAAUGGAGAGGGGUGUGUGCCGGGGGAGAGAAUUUUACGUGCAAUCAUAAGGUGAUUGGAGCUCGUUAUUACUCCUCCUCAUCGGCGAGGGACGACAAAGGCCAUGGCACUCACACUGCCUCCACGGCGAUCGGAAAAUCAGUGACAACGGACGGAUUUUAUGGGAUCGCCGGCGGAGUUGCGAGAGGAGCCGUUCCUUCUUCAAGACUUGCGGUUUAUAGUGCGUGCAGUCCGAGUUGCACAGAUGUGGAAAUUUUGGCGGCGUUUGACGACGCCAUUGCCGACGGUGUCGAUAUUAUCACCAUUUCACUUGGCGGCUUCGAUUUGUCUGAUUUAAGAGUGGACUGCAUUGCCAUUGGGGCUUAUCACGCCAUGGUUAAAGGAAUCCUGACCGUCCAGUCCGCCGGAAAUGAUGGGCCAGUGGUCGGAUCGGUGGAAAGUGUAGCUCCCUGGCUGUUUUCGGUGGCAGCCACCACUACGGAUAGAUCCAUCGUAGACGAGAUCGUUCUUGGUAAUGGAAAGACAGUGAGCGGCUAUUCAAUCAACCCCUUCACUCCAAACAAGGAUGUUCCAUUGAUUUAUGGAACAAACGCUUCCAAAAGCUGUUCAUUUCAAAACCCAGAAGUUUGCAGUUGUCUAGAUCCAAAAUUGGUGAAAGGGAAGAUUGUUCAGUGUAAGAGCUUCGCCGGAAUUUUCAAAGCCGUCGAUGCCGGAGCAGCCGGCGCCAUUGUUCUCAACGACAAAGCCGACAAUGUUUCGUUCAUUGUUCCUCUCCCUGCAACCGCUUUGAACUUCACAGCUUACGAACAAGUAGCAAAUUACGCAAUCUCUGAACCAAAUCCCCAUGUCCGAAUCCUCAAAAGUGUCGCCAUUAAAGAUGGUUACGCUCCAAUGGCCGCUCAGUUCUCCAGCCGCGGCCCCAACCUCUUGUUGCCGGAGAUCAUGAAGCCCGACAUCGCCGCCCCCGGAGUUGAAAUCCUCGCCUCUGUUAAUCCUCAACCACCAAAUUCCGACACUCCCGGCGACAAUAGAACUGUCAAUUUCACAAUAAUGUCGGGCACUUCCAUGGCCUGUCCCCAUGUUGCUGGUUUAGCUGCUUAUGUAAAGAGCUUCCAUCCAAAUUGGUCUCCGUCGGCGAUUAAAUCGGCCAUCAUGACGACGGCGGAAGAAAUUACCAAUACCGACGGAUUCCUAAGUGGGGAAUUUCUUCACGGGUCGGGUCAAAUCAAUCCAAAACAAGCAAUCGAACCCGGACUUGUCUACGAAAUUUUUGAAGAUGAUUACUUGAAAUUUCUGUGUGGGAAUGGGUUCGAUUCCAAGUCAGUGAGGGGCAUUUCAGGAAACAAGAGUGAUUGUUCGAGAUUUUCGACUAAAUUCUCUCCGCAAGAUUUAAAUUACCCAGCAAUGGUGUUUGAAGUUCCGCCAAUGAAGCCGUUUGUCGUUAAGUUUCAGAGAACAGUGACCAAUGUCGGAACUGCAAACUCUACUUAUAAGUCAGAGUUUUCGCCGUUUUCUAUAGUUUAUGUUCUGAAGUCAUCCGAAAAGCUUAAUGUAAGUGUUGAGCCUCCAGAGUUGACAUUUAAAGACUUGAAUGAGAAGAAGAGUUUUGUGGUGACAGUCGCUGGUGGGUCGAUUCCAGCGAGGACAGGGUUUUCUUUGGCAUUGAUUUGGAGUGACGGGAUCCAUAAGGUUAGAAGUCCAAUUGUCGUGAACGUUAAAUUACCACCUAUCCCUACCUCAAACUAAUGACGUGGACUUCCAAA